UUUCCCCAUUUUCUGUUUUCCGUUUCCACAGUGCUGCUGACCUUGCCCGUGAGGAUUAAACCCUACUUCCCUCCACUGUCAACACUGCCAGCAAAUUCUCGAACUGAUGGCGUAGCUUCUGAAGCAGAAAGUGCAGGGGCUGAUUUAACCAGCAAGCUCGCAGUCAAGCAUUUCAACAUUUUAGCAGAAACCUCGCAGUUCCCUCCCUACUUUCCCCCCUCAAGAUAGAGGAUCCAAAGAAACCCUAGAAAACCAACCAAGUUUUUCCCUCGCAAAGGCGGAGCGAAAAAUGCCGAGGGAAAUCAUCACGCUGCAGGUGGGACAAUGCGGGAACCAGAUCGGAAUGGAAUUCUGGAAGCAGCUCUGCCUCGAGCACGGCAUCAGCAAGGAUGGCAUUCUCGAAGACUUCGCCACUCAGGGAGGUGAUAGAAAAGAUGUAUUUUUCUAUCAAGCUGAUGAUCAGCACUAUAUUCCACGGGCCUUGUUAAUGGAUUUGGAGCCCAGGGUGAUUAAUGGUAUACAAAAUGGUGAAUACAGGAACCUUUACAAUCAUGAGAACAUAUUUAUUUCUGAUCAUGGGGGAGGUGCUGGGAAUAAUUGGGCAAGUGGAUACCAUCAGGGAAAGCAAUACGAGGAAGAUUUAAUGGACAUGAUUGAUAGAGAGGCCGAUGGAAGUGAUAGUCUUAAGGGUUUUGUUCUCUGUCACUCAAUUGCUGGUGGAACAGGCUCAGGUAUGGGUUCAUAUUUGUUGGAGACUCUUAAUGAUCGCUAUAGCAAAAAACUUGUUCAGACAUAUAGUGUAUUCCCGAACCAAAAUGAGACAAGUGAUGUAGUUGUUCAGCCAUACAACUCCCUUCUCACACUCAAGAGACUGACACUUAAUGCUGAUUGUGUUGUUGUUCUUGAUAAUACUGCACUCAAUAGAAUAGCUGUGGAGCGCCUUCAUAUAACGACUCCUACUUUUGCUCAAACAAAUUCUUUAGUUUCUACUGUCAUGUCAGCAAGCACAACAACGUUGCGCUAUCCAGGGUAUAUGAAUAAUGACUUGGUUGGCCUCCUUGCUUCUCUAAUACCAACACCAAGGUGCCACUUUCUGAUGGCCGGAUAUACACCACUCACAGUGGAGCGUCAAGCUAAUGUAAUUCGCAAGACAACUGUUCUUGAUGUGAUGAGAAGACUUCUUCAGACUAAGAACAUCACGGUUUCCUCUUACGCUCGGACAAAGGAAGCUAGUCAAGCAAAGUAUAUAUCAAUAUUAAACAUUAUUCAAGGAGAAGUAGAUCCAACACAGGUCCAUGAAAGCCUGCAGAGAAUUCGUGAGAGGAAGCUUGUCAAUUUUAUUGAGUGGGGCCCUGCUAGUAUCCAGGUUGCUUUAUCUAGAAAGUCACCAUAUGUCCAAACUGCUCACAGGGUUAGUGGCCUUAUACUUGCAAGCCACACAGGAAUCCGUCACUUAUUUACCAAGUGCUUGAGCCAAUAUGAGAAGUUGAGAAAGAGACAAGCCUUUCUUGACAACUACAGGAAUUAUCCCAUGUUUGCUGACAAUGAUCUAUCAGAAUUUGAUGAAUCUAGAGAUGUUAUUGAGAGUCUUGUUGAUGAGUACAAGGCUUGUGAGUCCCCAGAUUACAUCAAAUGGGGAGUUGAGGAUCCGGAUCAAAUUCUAACCGGGGAAGGCAAUGCCAGUGGAGCAGUUGAUCCAAGGUUAGCCGUGUGAACAGAAUGUCCGUUGAGUUAUCAACUCAACGAAAACGGUUAGUUGUGUCAUGUAAUUAUCCUGUGUUUGGUUUGUGAUUCUUUACUUUUCUGUUUUGUCAUCUGAAUAUUAUCUUCAUAUUAUACUCUUAAUAACUGGCA